GUGGUCAAUCUGAUCUUGUUCGACCCCGGAGUCAGAUACCAGGACCUCCAGGACGACGAGGUCUUAGGCGGAGUAUCAGUGGAGGAAAUAUAUCCCUUCUUGGCCUUCCAGGACAAGAAUUCGGUCAACCAGGACAAGGAUUCGGUCAACCAGGACAAGGAUUUGGUCAACCAGGACAAGGUCUUGCUAAACUAGGACAAAGCCUCGGCCUACCAGGACAGAAUGGACAUAAAACUGACGAGAACACGACUGUUGGUAAUCUACAGCAAGCGAUUAAACUUAAAGAUGAAGAAAUCCAGAAUCUACGAGUGGAACUUGCAUCUGCUAAAUCUAGUUUAGAACUCAAAACUAGCAAUUCACAAGCAGGAGGUUUGGUUGACUCCAGGGUGGUUGGAGAACUAGAGGAAACCAAGAGAAGUCUGGAAAAGUGUCGAGAAGAAAAGAGUAAACUUGUUUUAGACCUUGACAAGGAAAAGAACAAGUGCUCCGAUAUAGAGAAAAGAUUGGGUCAGGUUCAGAAGGAGGCUGAUUGUAAGGUUCACAAUGCUGAGUCCGUGAAGGUUGGGUUGGAGAACAAGCUGAAGGAGAAGGAGAAGGAGAUGAAGGAGGAGAAUAUUAGAUCCGCUGAUCAGGUGACUGAGAUGAUUAAACAGAUUGAGGAAAUAAAGAAACAAAAAUCUGAUGAGGUUACUCAGCUUAAAUCUGAGACCAAGAUGAUGCGAACUGAUCUGGAUAAACUGGAAUUAGAAAAAAGAACAAGUGAGAAAGAAGCAAGUCAGUUGACUACUAAACUCAACCAGUUAGAAAACGCACUUCAAGCUAAAGGAAAAAGUGUAGACGAUCUGACCCUGAAGCUUUCGGAGGUUACGAAAGAAAAGGACGAGGUUAGUCGGAGGAUCUGUAGUGUAGAAACAGAAUUGAAUAAAAAGGAGUCUGAGCUGGAUACUGUUAAAUCCCAGUCUAGCGGGAAGGAUAAUAUCAUUCAGUCCUUGAAGGAUAAUUUAUCCACCUUAGAGAACCAGCAGGAGACCCAGUUGAAGGAGUUGAGAAAUGAAUUGUCCCAAGAAACAUCUGCUAAACUUAAACUAGAACAGGAGAUUUCUGACCUACAGGUUAAGUUUGAGCAGCUUGAUGAAAUACAAACCAAGUUCAGAGCUGAACAUGAAGAUAAGAUAAACAGGAUUCAGGAAUAUGAACUGGACGUAGAGAAAGCUAAAGGAGAGGUGGAAGAGAUGAAGAUAUACCUAGAGAAGAUGAAGGUAGAGGUAGACAAGGCGGAGGAGAGGGCCAAGGCGGAGACAGAAAGGGCGGAGAAGGCACAGGCGGAUAAGAUGGCAGUUGAACUGGUCCAAUGGGGAUUGGAUGAGAAGUUACAGGUUGCUGUAAAGGAAGUUGAAGAAUCUAGAAGUAAGACUGAGAAACUAACCAAGCAACUUGAAACCAUCCAAUCCUCGGUUGAAGAUCUCACAACUAAACUGCAGGAGAAGGAGUCGGGUUUGAUCAAAGAGCGAGAAAGUAUAGAACACCUGGAGUCCGAACUAGAACGGGUAAACCUGACCUGUUCUCAGCACUCCUCUAGGGUUGAGAACCUUCAAACCGAGAUAUUAGGACACACACAGAAACGUGAAGAACUAGAAACCGAACUGAAGGAAACCAAGAGUAAACUGGAAACCAUUUCUCAAGAAAGAAAAGAGUUGAAGAACACACUAGCAUUGACCGAAGAAGAAAAAGAAAAGACUGCUGCUGAAAUUCUGCUCAAGGAUUCCAAUAUAACAGAUCUUAAGUCUGAGAUUGAUCAACUUCAGAAUAAGAUUAAAAAGAUGAAUGAAACUGAAUCUGGAUCUGCUUCAAAAAUAGAAGAACAAGAAUCCGUUAUUUCCGACAAAACUGCGGAGAUUACUAAUCUAGAGAAGAAGCUGGAGGAGGGAGCAACUGAAACCCAAACCUUAAUAAAAACUGUAGAAGAUCUCAGGAACUCUCUUGAAGAAGAGAAGAAAACACAAAGGGCGCAUAUUGCAGAAAUGGAAGAAAAAUUACUCCGAACAUGUGAAGAACUGGAUAAAUCUAGAUUGGAAUACUCAACUGCCAUAAAGAUGCAUGAAGAUCUUGAAUCCAGGUUUACUGAAUCCAACUCCAAGGUUAAUGAGCUCCAGGAGGAGAAGGCUCAGGUUGAAUCUAGCCUGGAUACUUGUCAGUCGGAGCUAGACAAACAAAUCAAGCAAAUAUCUAUUCUGAAAAGUGAGAACAACAAUGCGAAUGCUCAGAUUUCAGAUCUGAAAGAAGACUUACAAGAUAAGUUAACCAGAAUUCAAAGUCAGGCUCGGGAGUUAGAGAUCAGUAGUGAAGAGAGAAGUACAUUGAUUGCAGAGCAGGACGCACUCGAGGAUAAAUUAGAAAAAUGUGAAGAAGAAAAUAGAAUCAAACUAAACCUUCUGGAAGAAACCUUAUCAGACUUACGAACCCAGUUAGAGCAAAAGAAAGAAGAACUGGAAAAUGUUAUUAAGGUGAAAGAAAGCAUCUCUGCUCUGUAUGACAAACAGAACCUAGAGAAGGAAAAUGUACAGUGUACCAUAGAUGAGCAAGCAAGAAAGCUUGUAGAGAGAGAUGAAAAUAUCUCUUAUCUCCAGAGUAAACUUGAUUCAAUAGAAACUAAUGAAUCAAGAUUGGAAGAGAAUAUAUCCACGCUGAGUAUCCAGGUGGAAGAAGGUAAGGCUGCUCUGGAUUCAGCAAAUGAGUCAUGCGACCAAUAUUUACUGAAAAUACAGUCCCUUGAGGCUUUUAGCGAUGAACUAAUCAAAGAAAAAGAAGGGAUUCAAGAAGCAUUCGAGACCAAAACAUCAGAUAUCCUUGGGAAACUUGAGAAAAUGGAGAUUGAUCUUUCGGCAGAGAAAGCUCAACGUCUGAAACUUGAAUCUGAUGGAGAACAAACUCAGGAUCAAUUAGUAACCCUGCUAUCAACUAUAGACAGGCUCAAAGAGGAGAAGGAUGGUAUUGCAGAUCAAUUAGCAAGUGCUAGGACUGAACUCAGUACAAGUGAGCAGCGUUACCUUGAUAUCGUUGAUGUCCAAAGAACCGAAGUGGAGAGAGCUGAGCUUCAGAUAUCUAACCUUCAGGUUCAGGUAGAAGAGAAAUCUAAAGCUCUGGUGUCUGUUUAUGAAUCUAAAGCUCAACUAGAACAAGAAUAUGAAGAGUCCAAUAAAUCUCUUGUAGAGUUGAAAAUAAAACUCGAAGAAGUCUCAGCGUCUAAAUCAACCCUGGAGCAAGAGCUGGAGACUAGCCAGGAGAAACACAGUCUGGUUCAAACCCAGCUCCAGGAGGUUAAAGAAGAACGUGAUAGUUUGAUUAGGGAUCUUGAGGAUCAGCUUGGAAGGUCUCGAGAAGAAUUGGAGCAGAAGAUGGAUGAAACAAGAAAACUAACCCAACAAAUAGAAAAUAUUAAAACAACUCUAGAUGAGCGUGAAUGUAGAUUGGAAGAAUUGGAGAAUGUACGGGUAAGGUUCUCUGAUCUCCAGGAUCAGGUUCAACAAGCAAACCUAGCUCUAGAGAAGGUUUCUGCAGAGUUAGAAGAAUCUCAGGGGUUGAAGUAUGCUAUGGAGAAGUCCUUAAACGAGUUGGAGAAGGAGAAACGAGAUUUCCUAGAGAUCAUAAACAAUAUGAAAUCCGUUCUUCUUCAAAAGGAACAGGUCAAUGCCGAUCUUAGUUCCGAGUUAGUCAGUGUUCAGAGUAAUCUAGACAAGGUUGAACGAGAGAAAACCUCGUUAGAAGAAGUUUCUAGGAGAUUAGAGGAGAUAGUUCAAAAAACUAAAGAAGAAACUGAACCCAGAAUCAUCAGUCUGGAAACCCAGAUAUCCGAGUUGGUUGAGUCCAAGAAAGGAUUAGAGGAGGAGCUGAGCAGGGUUGGUCAGAUGUUGGAAGGAAAGAUUUCUCAGUGUUUUGAUUUAGAGACCUCGUUGGAGAGGAUAAAAGAUUCUCAUCGUCAAGAGUUAGAUGCUUGCCUUCAAAACCUUCAAAAGGUUGAAGUUGAAAGAGCGAGGUUAGCAAAUAUGAAUUUAGAUCAUGAUAUCCUCGAGGAAGAACUAGCUGACCUUAGGUGUGAGCUGAAAAGAGUUGAAUCACAAUCCUGUGAUCUGAAUGAGAAAAUAUCUACCCUCCAAGUAGAGAAAAGGAUUUUGGAAACCGAGUGCUCAGAGGCAGAAUCUUCAAUACAUCUUUUCAAGAUUCAAGUCCAAGGUUUGGAAUCGGAGAAAGCUGAUCUUAAACUUAGACUUGAGAAGGUUUCAGAGCAUGGUUCUUCGCAAAAUUGUUUUGUUCAGAAUCUUCAGACGAAAAUUCAUGAUUUAGAGUCCAGACUCGCGUUGGUCAUUGCGGAGAAAUCGAAGAUGGUAUCUUCUGAAUGUGAUCUGAAGAAAGAGAUAGAUAAACUAGAAUCAACUGUUGCCAAGUUGAACAAUGACCUUGAUGAUAUGGAGAAUAUUUACGAGGAGCAGGAAACUAAGGUCCAAGAACUGAAUAAAGAACUUUCGGAGAAAGUUCUAGAAAUUGAUUUAAUGCAAACUGCCCUAAAUGAGAAAGAUCUCGAGUUGGAGAGCUUAGAAUCUAAACUUUCUAACAUGCAGUCUCAGCUAGAAGAAUUAGGCUCUAAAUUGACCUCAAAAGACGGUCAACUUCAGUAUAGUAAUGAUCAGAUCUCUGAGUUACAGAGUCUACUUUCAGAAGACAAGACAAAGCUUGACAUAUUGAGAGAACGUAGUAAAGCUGAUGUUGUUACUAUUAAUGAUCUGAAGGAUAGGGUGAUGAAGUUGGAACAAGAACUACUGGAGAAAACUUGUGAAUAUUCUGCACUCACUGAGCUUAAGGAAACCCUCACUCAGGAAACCAAAUCUUUGCAGGAUGAGAUACAACAGAACACACUUAGAACUCAAGAUCUCACCGAGGAGAGGAAUCAGUUAAGAUCAACGCUUGACUCCGUCUCUAAUCUCCAGAAAGAAGAAUCAGAUCAGCAACAAUCCAAAGAUAUUUCUCAGAAUAUUGUUAUGGUAGAGCUGCAGCUUGAAACUCAGGCAAAUAAAGAUACUAUUGAAAAGCUUGAGGGUGAACUGGAGACUUUACGGAAAACUCUUGAUCAAAGUCAAGAUGAGUUGUCUAGAACCAAGAUGAAUCUUCAGUCUUCUUGUCAAACCAUUGAGCAUUUGUCGCAAGAUAAGCUGAUCGCUGCUGAAUCCUUAGAAUCUGCAGAGAACAGAACUGAGAAGUUAAACGGAACAAUUCAUUCUUUAGAAAUCCGUCUCAAGGAAAUUGAAAUUGAACUCUUUAACAAAACCUCUGACCUUGAAACCCUAAGACGAGAAGCUUGUGAAACAUCUUCAAAUCUUAAUGCACAGCUCAAUGAGAAACAGGAUCAGAUUCACAAGUCCGAGAAGGAGUUAAGUUUCACUAAAUCACAACUUGAAGAAACUGUAAACUCAAUGAAAAGAAAGGCAGAAGAUCAUGAGAACGUAGCUAGGGGUUUAGAGGAAGCUCUGGAGGAGAGAAUUAAACUCUCUAACCAACUAAAUGCCGCGCAAACUCAGAUUGAGAAGAUGUGUGACGAGAUAAACAAGAUGAAACUUUCCAUGGAUGAGUGUAAGAGUGAACUAGCUGUUAAGAGCAAUGCAUUAUCAGCAGUGUCUGACCAGACUGCAGAUAUUGAAACCUUACAGAAACAACUUGCUGAAAAGGAAACCAACAUAGAUGAUCUUAAAACAGAUCUUCAAGCGGUCAAAUCUGAGCUUGAAUCCCUUCAAGCAACAUUUCAUGAGAACUCCGUUGAGCUGAAGAAGGUUAUGGGAGAGAGAGAAGAGAAGACUGUUCUAAUAGAAUCUUUUAAGAGAGAACUAGAGAUCAAGUCGGAUGAACUAGGAAGCCUGAAAACCCAACUUAGUUCCGUGUUAUGUUCCCUGGAGGAGGAGAAGCUGAAGAAAUCUGAUUAUUUAUCUGAGAUAGAAGAAGAGGUUGUUGAGCUCAGGUCAGAGAAGAAGAGGAUGGAGAAGGAAUGGAACGAAUUGAAUGAAAAGGUGGAUAAGCAGGCUGGAGAUAUUCAGGGGUUUAUUGCUAGAAUAGACACUUUAAGGAUUGAGAAUAGUUCUCUGAUGGAUAAUGAAAAUCUGAACAAGGAUCAGAUAAAUCAAAUCAGGUCUGAGUAUCAAGCUCAACUUCAGUCUGGAGAACAACAGAGAAAUAUGCUCAGUGCCCAAAGUGAGAAGCUGAGUCUACAGUUGAAGAAAGUUGAGGAUGAAUUGGAGGAGAGCAGAGAGGAGCAAGAGAACCUUGUCAUGAAAAGGAUGGAGCAGGAGGAGAAGCUAGAGCUAAUGGAGUCUGAGUUACAGAACCUAAAACUUGAACAUGAAAAAUAUCAAGAUUUACUUCAGGACAAAAUUCAUUUCCAGAAGGAGGAAGAAAGGGUUUCUGACUUAAAAGAAAACUUAGCAAAGACUAACAUGGAAAAAGAUUGUGUUGAAGCUCAAAAAGAAGAACUUAAGGAUGAGAUAGUUUCUCUCCAAUCCAAACUUGAAUCCGUUAACCAGGCUGAACUUGUGGCAGAGGAUAAAAGGAGGAAGCUGGAGACUGAACUUGAAACUUGUACAAAGCUGAACAAAACCUUGUUGAACCAGAUUGAAGAACUAAACAGCAGCUCAUCUGAAUUUGAAUUAAAGAUGGGCGAGAAGAUUCUUGAAGUUGAAACGAGGUUUAAAAAUGAAAUUGCAGAAUUACAGGCUGAAAAUACAGAAAAGGAGAAAGAUAUUAUUGAGAUGGGUGAGAAACUACAGGAUACGUUCUUUGCUCAGGAAACCUGGAGUAAGGAGGAGAAUAUUCUCAAGGAGAAGAUUAAUUCUCUUCUCCGGGAUAUAGAAGAGGAGAAGAUAAAGUACGAAAAUCUUCAGGAUGAGAAGAAUCGGAUUGAGUUGGAAAAGCUUGAUAUCAUUAAGUCUAUUGAGAAUGAUUCUACUCGAGCCAAAAUGGAGGCAGACCUAGCGGAGGCCAGCAGGAUCAGGACAGAGCUGGAGGUUAAGCUGGAGACAAUCAAGGAGGAGAUGGAGAUAGUGGUGAAGAGAAUGGAGGAUGAGAAGAUUAAUGCUGAGAUUGAGUUGAAGAAGAUGAAGGAUCAACAGGAAGAUAUCCAAGAGAAGGAAAAGAUUCUCCAAAAAGAAUUGCAGUCCUUGAACCAGGAGUUGGAGAAGAAGGAUAACCUUAUCACUGAUCUAGAGAUUAAACUAGACCAGGAGUCCAGGCUCAAUCUGAACGAAAUAUCUAAGAGCAGGGUUGAGCUGCAGGAGAAGGAGAAGAUGUUAGAAGAUUGUAAACAAGAAUUGAACAAGUUACAAGAGGAAGAUCUGGAGCUAAAGAAGGAAAAGAAUGUUCUAGAAACCAGAUUAACGAAGAAUGAGGAAAAGUUGUUAAACCUCGAAACAAACCUGGAAAAGGAAAUGAGGGAAAAGCUUGAUCUUGAAUCAAUGAUAGAGGAGGAAAGAGUAGACAAGGAAAAGAAAAAAGAAGAGGUCGAGGAAAGGAUGACGAAAGAAAAGGAAUAUCUUGAAACUGAACUAAAUAAAAUGAAGAAAGAGAAGAAUAACCUGAAGUCUAAGAUGGAGGAGGAGAAAGUUGCAAAAUCUGAACUUAACAACACGAUUCAAAGUUUGCAAUUGGAAUUGACCAGUCUGAGCGAAGAGAAAAAGAAAAUAGAAACCACUCUCUCCGUCCUAGAAGCAGAGUUCAACAAGUACAAACUAGAUCAGGACAAGCCAAAUACUGCAGAUGCUAAGCUUGAGAAGAAACUUGAACUAAUCACAUUCAAUGCAAAGAAACGAGAAGAAGAGUUUGCAGAGAUGGAGAUUAAGUUAGAGAGGAUUGAAGCGGAGAAGAUGGAUUUGAAAAAAACCUCAAACCGUCUUCUCAAACAUGUUGACAGUCUUAAGAAGGACAUGGAUAAGUUCCAUAAAGAAGCCAAAGCGGCUGUAGAGGAUCCCUGGGAGUCUGAUGAGUUUGAAGGAUUAUCUUAUACUGAUAUCUACAGUAUUCUAAUAGGUGAUUUGGUCCCAGCCCAGCAGGCCAGGUUGGCUAAACUCUGUAUAGAAGAACUAAAGAAGAAAAUAACAUCCAGUAAAGAGGAACUUAUUAAGUGCGCAGAGAAAAUUCGAGCACUGAAGACUGAAAAUGAAGAUCUUGAGGUUAAAGUCAUCCUACUUGAGGAUGAAAAGUCAAGUGUACUUGAGAAAACAUCCUCCAAAUCUGAAACCUCGAAACUGAAGUCUUCCAAGUCUGAGGCCAAUAUUUCCAAAUUUAAACCUCCGCCCGUAGUCUUGAAAUCAGUAUCUGGUGUCUCCCAGCUGCCAGUUCGCGAAAUCAAACCGAAAUCCCGAAAAAGUGGUUCGAAUUCGAGCACAGUACCGGAGGGAUCUAUACUACGACGAAGUAACAGGAGCGCGUCCAAGAUCGCAAACGAGUCUAUUGUUAUUCAAGGAAUGAUAACGAAGCGGAACAAGUCUAAUUUAUCUCUGGACUCCUCUAGUUUGGAACAGGGCAAUACGAGUUCAUUCUCAGCGGAUCAUACAGGGGACCUAAGUGGUAAGCGAUCUCUCUCUAACUCGAGCCAGGAGGACCAAGAGGAGGAAAAGAGAUUGAAAUUCAAAAAUACAGACACUGCUAGUCCUGCUCGUGUUAUUCCUGUAUCCGGGAAUAGAACUCGUCUCCGUCCUUCUAAACUUAGUAAUCUAGCUCAGGAUACUAGUCCUAGAAAGGAGAAUAUAGACCAGGGGAAGGAUAUUGAAGUUGAGAAAAGGAAACCUGGAUUAAGUACUCCUGGUGAACCUGAGCUAAUCAACCCAACCCUGGAGAAGGUGGCCUUCAAUAAUCUGACGAACAGUCCGAUCAGAAAACCUAAACCAACCGUAGAGGCUGGAGCAGACCUGAAGUCUGGAGUUGUGACUAGGACUGGGGUUUCUCUCAGGGGGACUAAGAAGGGAACAAGGUCCGGGAACCCUGAAGAAUGCAAACAGCAGUAAUAUUCCCCAGUUGUCGUUAUUUUUAUUAUGUUGACAAUUUAUAUUUGAGGAAUUAUCUAUCCAGGUUUAUAUUUAAAUAUAUGUCUGUAAAUUCUAAUUGUAAAUAAACAGAAGUGUAUACAAUA